AUGGCUUCUCAGGCCUCAUCCCUUGGCUCGAGUAUUGUGCCGCCGGCUUCGAUAAUUGGCACCUAUCCUGCCGUAAGCGGCCCUACCAUCACUGGUUAUCCUUCAAGUCCUUCCUCGAGCUCAGUUGUAUCGAGCAUCACUGUGGAGUAUCCUGCCGAAUCGUCCGUACCACCUCCUGAGAACCCAGCGACUUCGGACUAUCCUGCUGUUACUCCUACCUCGAAUGUGGCUUCGUCUCCUGGCGGCGGAUAUGGCCAUUCCCCUGCGCCUGUCUCCCCCCACCUAAGUAAGCUUACGAGCAGUGCGAUUCCGGAGAGCACCGCCACUCCAAGUAACUACAACAUCGUCGUCAGACUCUCCUGUUUAUUCGGCAUCAGCAACGGUCCUUCCUGGCUCUUCGACAGCAUCGCCAGCCUAUUCUGUCUCACCGACAUCGUCAGCCCUUCCAGACUAUUCGGCAUCAGUACCGGUCCCUCCCACCUCGCAGACAUCAUCUCUGGCCUACCCCGUUUCGCCACCAUCAUCUUCAGUCCCUCCGAUGUCUGCGACGCCAUCAUCAGCCCUUCCCAUCUCCUCGGCGCUCUCUUCAGCCUACCCUGUUGCGCCUAUAUCGUCUUCAGUCGCUCCCGCGUAUUCAGCGUCGUCUUCGAUCGCUCCCGCGUAUCCAGCGUCGUCUUCGAUCGCUCCCGCGUAUCCAGCGUCGUCUUCGGUCGCUCCCGAGUAUCCAGCUUCAUCUUCGGCUCCUCCAGGCUAUCCCACGGCUUCUUCAGGUACCCCUCUUGA